AUGGUGGUGAUUCCAGUUACUCUUAAAGGAGCUAACUAUCUACAUUGGACAAGACUUGCUAAGACAGCUCUUGGAGGCAGAGGGCUUUGGGAGAUUGUUGAAGAAGGUAGGCCACAAAAGAAGACUAUCCUAGGAGAGGAUGGCAAAGAGGUUGUUCUUGCUGAUGCUGGCGCCAAGAAGAAAUGUCAAGAGGACCAGUUGGUGUUGUCCAUUCUUCAGCACAGUCUUGACCCCUCACUUCAGGAAGGUUACUCCUAUUGUGAAACUUCCAAGGAGCUGUGGGAUACACUUCAGAAGGUGUAUGGAAACAAUUCCAACAUCAGUAGAGUCUUUGAAGUCAAGAGGGCUAUCAAUACUCUUCGUCAAGAGGACAAUGAUUUUGAUAAAAAAUUUGGGAAGUUCAGAUCCUUGUGGGAUGAACUUGAGAUGCUCAGGCCAGCAACUAUUGAUCCUGAUGUGCUUAAUCAAAGGAGAGAGCAAGACAAGGUCUUUGCUUUGCUGCUUACCCUCCAUCCAAACUAUAGUGACCUCAUCAAGCACAUCCUAAGGAAUAAGGAUCUAUCUUCUCUAGAUGAGGUAUGCUCUGAGAUUCACAAGGAGCAAGGCUCAGUUGGUCUCUUUGGAGGAGGAAAGAAAACUCUGGUGCUUGCAAACCAGGCUGAUGGAGCAGCAAACAAAAGCUCUUACAAAGCUGAAGACAAGAAGGUGUGGAUUUGUGAUCAUUGCAAGAAGAAAGGCCAGGGAAAGGAAAAGUGCUGGAUACUCCAUCCACAUCUCAAGCCACAGAAGUUCAUGACAGGUUACAAUGAUGCCAAAGCAAACUUCUCUUGUGAUAUUGGUGAGCCAUCUAUACAAGGCAGCAUGCGCCAGAACAAUGAAGCUUGUGAGAACAAAGAGGGAGCUUCCACCAGUGACUCAGCCUUAAGGAACACUCAAGAUGAGACCAUCAGUAGAUCUGAUAUUGAGGCUUUCAUCAAGCUCCUUAAGGAUAACUCUGGUAACUUACUUGGUACCUCUUUACAUGCUAUUGCUUGUGGAACUUCCUUGAAUACUAUAACUAAAUUUAUUUUGGCAAAACCUUUAGUUAUAGAUUCAGGAGCUAGUCACCACAUGAUCAAUGAUUUAAAAUUGAUUAAAAACAUUGUCCCUGCCAUAGGAAAUGUUACAAUAGCUAAUGGUGAAAGAGUACCAAUUAAAGGAGUAGGUGAUCUGAGGUUGUUUAACAAAGAUUCUAAAGCUUUCUAUAUGCCUAGCUUCACCUCAAACUUGUUAUCGGUUAAAAGAGCUACUAAUGACUUGAAUUGCAGUGUUACUUUCACUCCUAAUGAUGUUUACUUUUAG